AACGUCAACUCUAGCGGGUAAGAAGAGAAAAAAACGUAUUGCCAUCACUCAAGUUGCUCCACUACAGACAAUUAAUAAAUAUGGAAUGGACUCUGACCGGGGAUUGGACAAUGUUGACAAAGAUAAUAAGGAGUCUGCCUCCCAAAGAGAUCCUCAAGACAGCAAAGCAGAAAGGAAUUCUAAGGUGUUUGAAUUUCAAUUGUCUUCAGAGGACAUGGAAACUCUGGAUGGCCUGAACAAAAAUCUUCGCUAUUAUCCAGCUGAUAUCUUUAUUGGACACCCAAAUUACCCAUAUUCUGAUGAAUAUUAACGUGGAAACCUUUUUCAUGAUUCUACUACAAGUUCUCCCACAUGUGUCAUGGGACAGGAGACACCUCAGAUGCUGGUGACUAGGCAACUCUCUUCUGGUUAAUCUAUGCUGCUUAGCAACUGACCCUCAGCUGGAGCUGUAUCUACUGGGUAUAAAGUCAUGGCUACAAAUUCUUGUUAUUACAGAAAAUAAUAUAAUCUUGUUGUAUUAAAGACUUUUACCUACCACUGA